CGCUCCCAGUGCUCCCAUUGCGGGUUCCCAGCACUCCCAGCGCUCCCAGUGCUCCCAUUGCGGGUUCCCAGUGCUCCCAGUGCAGGUUUCCAGCACUCUCAGAGCUCCCAUUGCGGGUUCCCAGUGCUCCCAUUGAGGAUUCCAAGCACUCCCAGCGCCCCCAGUGCUCCCAUUGCGGAUUCCCAGCACUCCCAGUGCUCCCAGUGCUCCCAGUGCGGGUUCCCAGUGCCCCCCCCCGCCCCGCCAGGGUACAACAUCUCGGCGCUGGUGACCGUGGCCACCAAGACGUUCCUGCGCUACGACAAACUGCGCGGGCUCAUCGCCAGCAUCCGCCGCUUCUACCCCUCCGUCACCAUCGUGGUGGCCGACGACAGCCAGCGCCCCGAGCCCCUGAACGGGCCACACCUCGAGCACUACCUCAUGCCCUUCGGCAAGGGCUGGUUCGCCGGGAGGAACCUGGCGGUGUCGCAGGUCACCACCAAGUACGUGCUGUGGGUGGACGACGAUUUCAUCUUCACCCCCCGCACGCGGCUCGAGAAGCUCGUGGAUGUGCUGGAGAGAACCAGCCUGGACCUGGUGGGCGGCGCGGUGCGGGAGAUCACGGGUUACACCACCACGUACCGGCAGCGGCUCAGCGUGCGGGGGGGCGGUGCGGGGGGCGACUGCCUGCGGACCCGGCCCGGCUUCCACCACCGCCUCGCCGGCUUCCCCGCCUGCGUCGUCACCGACGGUGUCGUCAACUUCUUCCUGGCCCGCACCGACAAGGUUCGCCAGGUGGGCUUCGACCCCCGCCUGCGCCGCGUGGCUCAUCUCGAGUUCUUCAUCGACGGGCUGGGGGUGCUGCACGUGGGCUCCUGCGAGGAUGUGGUGGUGGACCACGCGUCCAAGCUGGCACUGCCCUGGCGGCGCUCGGAGGGCGAGCGCCAGUACAACCGGUACCGGUACCCGGCGGCGCGGGACGACAGCCUGAGGCUCAAACAGCGCCUCUUCUUCUUCAAGAACCGCUUCAAGUGCAUGGCUGGGGACUGACACGGCCACCGGCACAGCCACCACCCCGGUCACCGGCCCAGCCACUGCCCGGGGGGUGCUGAUGGUGUGGUGACACAGGGACACCCCCAAGGGCCACCCCACAGGCCACCGGCCUGGCCACCGCUCGUGGGGUGCUGACGGUGUGGUGACAUGGGGACACUCCCAAGGGGCACCCCACGGGCCACCCCUGGAGCACCCACUGGGCCACUGGCACCGGAGUGGCCCCCAAGUGGCCCCCGGGCUGUCACACCCCGUGGGUCACCCCCAGAGUGGCAUCACCACCAUGGAUACUCUGUGGGCCACCACCACUGGGGUCCCACAGGGCCACUGAGCAUGGGAUGACACAGGAUCACCACUCCUGGGCAACCCCGUGGGCCACCACUGCCCUCGACGUGGCCACAGGGCUGCUGACACCUGGGUGACCCCUGGGUGACCCCCGGGUGACCCCCGGGCUGUCACACCCCACAGGUCACCCCCAGAGUGGCCACCCCCGGGGGACACCUUGAGGGUCACCACCCCCAGGUCACCACCAUGGGCCACCACCCCUGACUGUCCCCGGGGCACCCACGGGACACCCCCAGGGCCACUGACCUCCCCCGUGGGCUACCCCCAGGGCUGCCAUUGCUGGCCACCUCCAGGGCACCCCCAGGGCCACUGACAUUGGGGUGACAUGGAGCUACCCCCUCGUGGGCCACCCCCAGGGCCACUGACACCGAGGGCCACCCCGAGGGCCAUCCCCAGGACACCCCCUGUGCCACCACCACCGGCUGCUCCCCGGGGUGCCCGGGGGGCACCGACACUGGCCCCACCCCCGGGCCACCCCACCACGGGCCACCUCCAGGGCUACCCCCGGGCCACCCCCCUUGGAGCCCCCCCCGGGCCACUGCCAUGGGCCACCACCCAGUGCCCCUCCCAGGGCCACACCCGGGCCCGCGGGGUCCCUGGAGC